AUGGAAGAGGCAGAGGACGGGAUUGCUGUGGUGGGAAUCGGGUGCAAUUUUCCAGGAGGGGAAGGUCUUGACAACUUCUGGAGUGUUCUUGUUGAUGGGAGAAACUGCUGUGAACUGAUCCCCAGAGAGAGGUUUGACAUUUCCAGCUGGUAUGACUCCGAUGAAACCAAGCCGGGUAAAUCCCGGACGGCCAAGGCUGCUCUCAUUGAUGGGUUUAAUGAAUUUGACCACAAGUUUUUUGGCAUCAGUGACAGUGAGGUGGAACAAAUGGAUCCACAACAAAAACAGCUCCUUCAGUGUGUUUACAGAGCUUUAGAAAAUGCUGGAAUUCCAAUGGAGAAAGCCAGUGGAACCAGGACAGGAGUGUUUAUUGGCAUGAUGAACAGAGAUUAUGAAACAAACGCAGCACAUGUGCAUCCCAGUGUGAUUAACCAUUGGACUGGAACUGGGCUCGCUAUGAGCAUUGCAGCAAACAGAGUCUCCUACAUCUUUAACUUUACUGGACCUUCACUGUCUAUUGACUCUGCCUGUUCAUCAUCACUUGUUGCCCUUCAUCUUGCCUGCCAGUCCAUUAAACAAGGUGAUAGCGAUAUGGCUGUUUGUGGAGGCGUCAACUGCAUCAUUGAGCCAAGAGUAUUUGUGGCACUCAGCAAAGCCAAGAUGAUCUCACCUGAAGGACUGAGCAAACCUUUUUCCAGCAGAGCAGAUGGUUACGGCAGAGGGGAGGGCUGUGGCGUGGUUCUCCUAAAACCACUGAGAAAGGCGCUUCGAGACCAUGACCACAUCUGGGGCAUCAUCUGCAAAACUGCUGUCAACCAAGACGGACACUCAGUCAUGCCUAUCACCAGACCCUCCAUGACACAACAAGAAGAGCUGCUGCGUAGAAUCUAUUCAGACAAUAAAAUAGAAACUGUCCAGUACAUAGAAGCUCAUGGAACCGGAACGCCAGUUGGAGACUCAGCAGAGGUAAAAAGCAUCUCCAACGUCAUUGCUAAAGCAAGACCUCCUGGUUCAGGGACACUGUGGAUAGGCUCGGUGAAAAGCAACAUCGGACACACCGAAUCUGCAGCCGGAGUGGCCGGACUGAUUAAGGUUCUGCUGAUGAUGAGAUAUGAAACCAUUGUUCCAUCAGUUUUCUACUCAGCUGACACUUCUAGCAUUGAUACAAAGAUCCCGAACAUUAGAAUUCCAAUAAAAAUUGAAAAAUGGAAAUCAUCCACUGCAAGAGUUGCAGGAGUGAACAACUUUGGGUUUGGGGGGACAAAUGCACAUGCCAUAGUCAAACAGCACUUACAGUCAAGAGUUCAACAAAAUAUCAACAAGAACCAGGUGAAAUAUUUUGUCAUGUCAGCAAAUUCCCAAAAAUCCCUUAAAAUGAUGAUUGAGGAUACCAUUAAACAGCUGGAGGCAGAUAACAAAGUUGAUCUAGAUUCUCUGUUGUACACAUCAGCUUGCAGAAGAAGCCAUCAAAAGCAUAAAUACAGAAAAGCCAUUGUAGUCUCAUCAGUAAAUGAUCUUAAAGAGAAGCUAAAGGUCACUGUUGAUGAAAAUGUUAUCCCAAACCUCUUAGCUCCAAGAUUAGUGUUUGUCUUCUGUGGAAAUGGUGUCACUUACCAUGGCAUGUGCAAACAGCUGCUCCAAAGUGAACUUGUAUUUAGAGAAAAGAUCAAAGAAAUUGCACAUCUUUUCCAAACUCGAAGCUCUCUGAACAUCCUGAGCACACUUGAAAGUGACAUUGAAAGCAGUGACUUUAAAAAUCCAGAUGUUGUCCAACCUUUGCUUUUUGCUAUCCAGGUUGGUAUUACCACCCUUCUCAGGUACUGGGGUGUCCAGCCCGAUGCUGUGCUUGGACAUUCUGUUGGUGAAGUUGCUGCUGCUCACUGUUCUGGUCUCUUGUCUCUUGAGGACGCUGUAAAAGUCAUAUACUUCCGCAGCACACUUCAGACCAAAGUCACAGGAGGGAAGAUGCUUGUGAUCAGCAACAUGGCUAUAUCAAAGGUAGCUUCUCUCCUCCCUAAAUACUCUCAAAGAAUUGGUUUUGCUGCUUCCAAUAGCCCACAAUCCUGCACACUCUCAGGUGAUGCAGAUGCAGUUGAUUGCCUUCACAAGGAGUUAAUCAACUUUGCUAACAAUCAGAAUCUGUUCCUCCGUUUACUAGAUAUCUCUACUGCCUACCACAGUCACAUGAUGGAUCCAAUUCUGUCAGAAAUCGAAACAAACAUUGGUUCCUUGCAGGAAAAUGACCUUGACACAGAGUUGUUCUCCACAGUUACAGGGAAGGAGUUCCAGCAAGGAGAUUUUUGCUCAGGUCAAUACUGGGCGAGAAACAUUCGUGAGCCAGUGGCUUUUGAGCAGGCUUUGAAGUCUGCAACAAAAGGAAGGAAAACUGCAGUCUUUGUUGAAAUAGGGCCAAAAAGGGCACUGCAUAGAAAUAUCAUAGAAACCCUGGGAAACAACAUAGCUGUUGUUGCUUCAGUAGAACCUCAGAAAGACCACGUAUCAGCCAUGUCUGUUAUUCCUAAACUGUUUGAGCUGGGCAUUCAGGUGAACUGGAACACUGUCUACAGACGUUACAAGACAACACCAUUGUUCUUCCCAAGGUAUCAUUUUGAUUGCUCCGAUAGAGAUGUUAUCAUCGGAGCAGCCCAGAAUAACAAACCAAGCAGUCAUCCCGUGGUCUAUCAAACCGGAAGUGAAAGCAACAUUUUCAGUUGCAAUCUUAUGUCUGACGCCACUUUUUACUUAAAAGAGCACAAGCACAAUAACAUACCUAUUAUCCCUGGUGCCUUCUAUGCUGAGUUGGGUUUGGCUGCAUUCUUGGCCAGUGCUAAACCAAAAGUGCCCCUCAGUUCAGUGCAAAUCAGUGUCAAUUUUCACAGUCCAUUUGUUCUAACACAAAACUCUCCUGAAAUGAAGGUUCAAUUGGAACAAAGAGAAAACGAGACUAGGUUCACUGUAUUUUCCUCAUCUAUAGUGUAUGCUUCAGGCACAGUGGUUUCAAAGAAAGGGAGGCUGAUCGAAGAGCAGCUCAUUUUAUUAAACUCCAUCUACAAGCGAUGCACUUCUGUUGUGAGUUUUCAGGAGUUUUAUGGGCAUCUUUCUCAAGGAGGUUUCCAGUAUGGGGAUGUAUUUCAGAAUAAGACAGAUGUGCACUAUGGGGAAGAUCUAAAGGAGGCUUUUGCAGCUGUUUCAGUGUCAGAAGUGCUACAGCCUCAUUUGCAUGACUACUACAUCCAUCCUGUUGUAUUGGAUUAUUUGAUGCAGCUUUUCUCUGUUACAGUGGAGCACAUCUUUGCUGGUCAGCCAGGAUUUCCUGCGAAAAUAGGCAGCCUUACAGUGUUUGAACCCUUGCAAAAUGAGAUGAUUAUCUAUCUAAGAGCUAUUGAUGUAGGGACUGAUCACUUUGAGUUUUGUGGCUGCUUUGCAGAUAAGGAAGGCAGGGUGUUGGUUGAGGUGAAGCAUGUGAUAAUCAAGUACCUUGGCAGUCGCUCUCAAGUGGUUGAGGAAUAUUUCUACCAUAAUGAUUUCAGUGUUGUCCUCAAACGUUUUCCUUCCUCUUCUCCUCCAAAGGCUUUGGUUUUCUCUGAUAAUUUGGGGAUCUCGAAAGCUCUGCAACAAUAUUUGGACCCAAAAUCUACACAAGUUUCUUUCAAAUAUGCAAAAACUAUCUUAAGUAAUGGGUUUCAUUUUCUUCUGGCAAAGCUCAACAUCACAAAUAUUAAAGAAAAUUUUGAUGAGGUAUUAUUUUUGUGGAGCAAAGAAGACCUUACAUCACAGGGGGCCAAUAACAUCUUGCAGAAUUUGGCAAGCUGCUGUGAAAUUUUUCGUCAAAUAAUCUUUGAGCUGAAGAAAAUUCAGUUCUCUAAAGCAAUCAGAGCUAUAACUUACCGAUCAUCUGACAUCACUGUGGAUCACAUAAGUCCUGGUUUUGUUCUUACUGGCAUGACAAGAUCAUUUGCUGUAGAGUUACCUGACCUGUCUUUUCAACUAAUUGACAUAAACGAUGUCUCUGCUCAAGACAUUAAAGCUCUGUCUGAGGUCCUGAGAGCAUAUCCUUGCAAUGAGUUCCCAGAGCUGGUGGUAAAGAACGGGCUCAUCUUGAAACCUUCAAUUGUUCGCACCCAUCCAGAAAUCACUGAGACUAAAGAGGGCAGUCACACCUGUCCAACAUCCGAAACUUGCAUCUUUCAGACAACUGAUGCACAUAAGAUAGCUCAUCUGUGUGCCAUUCCCUAUGACAAGGAGAUUAACCCAAUCAGCCACUCAAGUGUUGAAAUUCAAACUAGUAAAAUAUGUGUUCAUUCAUCUGAUUAUUUCCCUAUCAGUUCCUCACAUCACUCAUUUGGCCAGACACUGUACUGGAACAAAUACUCAACUCAGAAGCACAAAUUACUUGCUCUUGACUUCAGCGGCACAGUUACAGCAAUUGGAAAAGAUGUGCGGAAACUGAAAGUUGGAGACCAAGUUGCUGCUUGUUAUCCUGUUGUGUGCGCAACCAAAAUUCAAGUGCCGGAAGAUGUAUGCUACUGCACCAAAAGGUUCCCAUUCCUUCAAAAAACACCCUGUGUUUCUUACUUUGUUCUAGCAUGGGAGAUACUCCAUCGAGCCUUGCCUAAAGCCAAACAAAAUUUAGGGAUCCUUUGCUAUGAUAUUGAUUCUGCUUUGGUGCAAAUAUUGGCUUUAACUGCUUACAAAUCUGGUUGGAAUGUGAUUGUUGGUGCACAAUGCAAUGGCUCUUUUGUAGAUGUCAGUCAAGUAGAUGAAUGUGUCAUUCUACCACCAUUUGAAAAAUCCCUUGCUACUAAAACUUGCAACUUUCCAGGAGUCCGGCAUGUUGUUGUAGUCUGUGAAGCUCAAAUGCAAAGUACGUUGGCUCAGGAAUUGUGCCAAAAUGUAAAGGAAAGUGUUUGUGUACAGACAAUUCAAAUGCAAGUAAUUUUGCAAAAGGGAUACUUGAGAGCACACAGUCCUCACAUUUAUCACUGGCUGAAGUCUCUGCACUUAAGCAAAAAGUUUGCGCUUGAAAGCUUCACCUAUAAGAGUUUGAAACCUGAAAGCGAGAGUCCUGAUUCGGAGAAACCAGCAUCAUAUUUCAGCUCAAAAAAACUUCAAGUGAUAGCUCUGGAAAAAGAACCAUACAGUAGUUUGUCUUAUAUUCCACUUUUGCAAGGAAAAAAACAGCUGUUCAGACAGAAAGCAGUUUACGUUGUGGUCGGUGGUCUUUCUGGGUUGGGUUUUGAAACAGUCAAAUUCAUCUCUCAGAGAGGUGGGGAGUUUGUUGUCAUUCUCUCCAGGAACAAACCAACACCAGAUGUGCAGAAAGAACUACUCAACAUCCAGAAACAGUGUAGAAAUAGCAUUACAAGCAUGGAGUGCGACGUGUCGGUCUCUGAGCAUGUGCACAAAGUUUUCAUUGUCAUCAAGGAGAAAUUCAGUGACUAUCCAAUCAGAGGGGUGUUUCACAGUGCAGUUGUCCUGCACGACGGCCUUAUUGAGACCCUGGACAGAUCGCUUUACGAGAAGGUUUUCAAACCCAAAGUAAGUGGUGUCUUGAAUUUGCACCAUGCAACUCAGCACUGUCAGUUAGACUACUUUGUGUGCUACUCCUCCAUCUCAGCUUUCCUGGGAAAUGUAUCGCAAACAAACUAUGCAGCGGCCAACUCCUUCCUUGACUUGUUCUGUCAGUACAGGCGCAAACUCGGGUUGCCUGGACAGUCAAUCAACUGGGGAGCUCUGAACCUUGGCCUGCUCUUGAACAAAGAGCAUCUUCAUCGCUUCCUGGAAGCAAAGGGUAUGAUGUUGUUAGAUGUGGCUGAGAUUUAUAAAAGCUUGGAGCAGUGCCUCAUGCUCAACCGACCCCAACAGGCUGUCUGCAGGUUUCACUUCAGGAACAUCAGGUACAACAUCCUGUCUCAAAACAAAGCUUUGACCUUGCGCCUUAAAGCAUUAGUCGACAAAGCCUACCAAAACUCCAGAGAAGCCGAUGCGGAGACCAAACAAAUGGAUUUGGUUUCGCCAAAAAAAUAUGUUUUCUCUCUGCUGAGUGAGACCAUCAGCAUUGAUCAAAGUGAGCUGAGUGAAGAGUCCCUUCUUUCAUCACUAGGCAUUGACUCAAUGCAGGCUAUGACUCUGCAAAACCUAAUAUUUCAAGAGAGAGGUGUGAAUGUGCCUCUGAUGAAACUGUUGGAUCCCAAUGCUACAUUAUUAACAGUGAUCACAGAGCUGAGCAAAGCAGCUGAAGGUGGAAAUGUCAGCGAAGACACAAGUGACACAGGUUUUUCAACAAGACUUUAA